AAAUAAAUAACGCGUUUUACAAACAUUUUAGUGAUUGUCAACCCCUCUGCAAAUAAUUAUUUUUAUUAUUUUGUUUGUGUUUAAUGUAAAAAAGGAAAUUCAAAAUUUAAUUAAAAAUGUAAAAUGCAAUAGCUAAACGCUAUACUAAAAAUUAAAUCGUAAGUUAGAGUUGCUACCACACCGAUAUACGCCAUAUUUUUGCAGCAGACAGCAGAGCACAGAAAGUAAAAAUCAAAAGCUGGGAAAACAGAAUAGAGAAAAAGCAGUGCGUUAUUAUUUUCCCAUAACUGUGUCACAUACAAGGCUCUCCAAAAACGGACUGUAUUUUUGUGUGUGGGUGCGUUUUUGUGUGUAUAGAUCUUGUGUUACUUAUUAUUUAACAAAAACAAGAUGUCGGAAUUGUUAAAAACGCAACAGCAGCACGCGCAACAACAACAACAACAGCAUCAGGGCAACAUUGGCAUCUAUGGCAAUAAAAUGAAUGUAAUUCCAAAUUAUACGUUGAGCGGAAUGAGCUCCUUUGAUGCCGAAUCGCUUCCUGAUUACUCAGAGUUUGAUUCCGAAUCGGUUACUUUGGACUAUUACAAGGAAAGUGUACUACGUCCUGAAGCGGACAAAAUGGCGCCGACAACGACAAUUGAAACCAUAACAAUCACAAGACCCCUCAAGGUGAUUGCAUUUAUUUGCGGAGUCAUAGUUGUGGUAUUGAUGAUUAUGGCCCUGGCAUCCACAGAUUGGCUAAUGGCAGCCGGUUGGCGGCAGGGUCUCUUUGUGCAUUGCAUCGAGGAUGAUUCAGCUUCACCGCUGCCAUUUAAUAUACAGGAUCCACCAGGCUGCUAUUGGACCCGUGAUAUUGGCUACAUCAAGGCAACUGCAGCGCUAUGCAUUAUCACAUUGAUAACGGACGUCAUAGCCACAGUGUUGACUGGACUGGGCCUAAAGACACAGAAUCAUAAUAUUAAAUACAAAUUUUAUCGAAUAGCAGUGCUAGUAAUGCUCGUCUCACUAUUGGCCGUGCUCUCUGCUCUGAUUGUCUAUCCAGUGUGCUUUGCAGGCGAACUCACAAUGGCGAAUCGACGCGUUUGGGAGUUUGGCUGGGCCUAUGGCGUGGGCUGGGGCGCUGCAAUAUUCUUGUUUGGAGCCGUGGUUCUGCUGCUCUGUGACAAAGAAUCGGAGGAGAUCUAUUAUAAGGAGAGAAAAAUUGUACAUGAAAACCAAAUGCGCGCCUAGGCAAGGCCGCACGACCUGCCUGACGUCGUUCUUUAGACAUAUAAGCAUCUAGAAACACAUUCACUCACACAUAUACACACACUCACAGACGUAUAUAAAUUUCAAAUUUGACUCACGACUCAAAAACAAACGAACACACUCAAUCAAAAUAGUGAUUUUUCGUCAUAAUGUUUAGUUAGACUUCUGAUUACGUCCAUCACCAACAAAUUUUAAGCCAAAAGAGAGAACCAUAACGACUUGACUUAAUUCUUCCCAUAGUACUGGGCAUUAGUUAGAUAAGACUUGUUUAUAUUUUAUUUGUUUUUUUUUUUUUUUUCCAUAAGUUUCCCCCUGUGGAAAGUUAUUCUUCCAAAAAAUACAAUGGUAUAUAAUCUUCAAAUCGUGUCCAACCUACCUACCUAUAUAACAACACAUAUAUUAAAAUACAUAAUCGCAAAUCUUAUCAGCGAGCUCCACAAAAUUAUAAUAGAUUUUUAGUCUUGUCUUUGGCACCAAUAUGACGAAAGCGAAACCAAAUUGUACUUUUAUGAAACAAUAUAUACAAAUUUAUAUGAAGAAAAAAUAAGAAUAUUACAAAUUAUCCAGAUGCUUACAUGUCGUAUACCUAGAAGAAUAUCAUAGAAAUUCAUAGUCGUUUACACAUGUAAUCCUACCAGAAAUGUAUGUAUUGUAACCUUACCGUAGUCGAUCCCUCUAUACGACCGCUCCACACAAAUGAUGAUACGACAAACACAAAUAAUAUAUACAUAUAUGUGAAUUAUAUUUUACAAUAUUUCUUUGAAUUUCUUCAACAAUUCAGAUUAUGCUGAUUACGAUUUGCAACAAAUCUAGUUUGAUUCAUUUACAAUGUGUUGUGUAAGUGCUACCCAUAUAUACCCAAUGUACUCGAAUAUAAAACGAUAUACAUAUGGUUUUUAGACCUUUAUCUUUUGUAUAAUACUUAAACCGUCCCGUUUACCACUCGAAUCACUUUGAAUAUUUUUAAGUUAAUAUCGUAUAUAUGCAAUAAUUUGAACUCUAUAUUUGGCAGCUUUUGUAACCUCAGUUAUAUAUAAUUAUUUUUACACUCUAAUUUAUUAUUGUAUAUUCCUUGUAUUGUGUUCUAUGCUCUAUUUACAUAUCAUAACCAAUUCAAAAGUAAUAAACGCGUUUCUGUCAACUUCUGUUAAUA